AUGCGCGAUAUCGUUGAUUCGCAUUACAAAGCAUGUUUAUAUGCGGGUGUGAAGAUUUCCGGCACCAAUGCCGAAGCCUUGCUAGGACAGUGGGAGUUUCAGGUUGGGCCGUGCGAAGGGAUCGAAAUGGGUGAUCAUCUAUGGAUAGCCCGAUUCCUUCUCACCAAGAUAGCGGAAGAUCAUGGGGUCAAAGUAUCAUGGCACCCUAAGCCAGUUGAAGGUGACUGGAACGGUCAAGGCCUGCACACCAAUUUUUCGACCAAGGAAAUGAGGGCUUCAGGAGGGAUGAAGCUUAUUGAACAAGCAAUGGAGAGGCUGGGCUCUUACCACUCGCAGUGUAUCGAAGAAUAUGGCGAUGAUAACGACAAGCGCCUUACUGGUCAUCACGAGACAGGCCAUAUCGAUAUGUUUAGCUGGGGGGUCGCUGAUCGCAGUAGGUCUAUUCGGAUCCCCAGAGAAACAGCAACCAGAGGUUGUGGCUACUUUGAGGACAGACGACCGGCGUCAAAUGCAGAUCCGUAUCGCGUAACCAAAAUCUUGAUCACUGCUGCUCUUGGCAGGACAUAG